AGACAGUCCAUACCCAACGAGAAUGCCACCAACUAAGCGCAUCGCCGUAGCCCAAUGGCACAUCAAAGACCUCGAAAUCGAACACAACCACAAAAAGGCAUGCCAAUACAUCCGCGAGGCCGCAUCACAAGGCGCCGAGCUCGUCGUUCUCCCUGAAUACCACCUAAACGGCUUCAUCCCCACCUCCCCCCUCUACGCCACCCAAGCCGCAUCCACCCAAAGCUACCUCACAACCUACCAGGCGCUCGCGCGCGAGCUACAAAUCUGCCUUGUCCCCGGCACCAUCGUCGAGAAACACGGCGACCGGCUCUACAAUACCGCGUACUUCAUCUCGACGGACGGGUCGAUUCUCGGCUCCUACCGCAAGAAAAACAUCUGGCACCCUGAACGCCCCUACCUGACUUCCUCGGGGCCGGACGAGCGACAUGAAGUGCUGGAUACGCCGGUCGGCAAGGUCGGGCUGCUAAUCUGUUGGGAUUUGUCGUUUCCUGAGGCAUUUCGGGAGUUGGUGGUCAAGGGCGCGGAGGUGAUUAUUGUGCCGACUUUUUGGACGAAACACGACGCCUCGCCUGCCCUCCUAGCGGCGAACCCGGAUUGCGAGACCCUGCUUCUCGAAUCGAUGCUGACGGCGCGCUGUUUCGAAAACACGUGCGCUGUGAUCUUUGCGAACGCAGCGAGCUCCGACGAGGACAGCGAGGGCAAGUUCCUCGGUCUUUCGGGCCUGCAUGUCCCUGCGCUCGGGGCUGUUGGAAAAAUGGGCCCCGGGGAGGGUGUGUUGGCGGUGGAUAUGGAUCUGGGGCUGGUGAGGCUGGCGGAGGAGAAUUAUAAGGUCAGAGCUGAUUUGGGGAGGGAGGGGUGGCAUUAUGGGUAUUGGUUUUAGUGUGUUGCGUUGGGGAUGGGUUUGUUUGUUGUGCCAAUCUAUCUCCCUUGGGAUCAGACCUGCAGAAUUUGCUACUCCUAGU